CGUUUGACUUUUCCAAAAGAACCAGUUCCAAUUGUUUUGAUAAUUUGAUAUUGACCUAUUCGAAGUCGUUGCUGAUUAGAAGACAUAUUAUAUAUAUGAAUGUAGAUAUUUAUGUAUAUGAAGAAGGACAGUAUGAAAAAGAAGGGAAAAAAGAAAAAAGAUGGGGUGAAACCAAAAAAAAAACGCAAGAAAGGACGGAGGUUGAAAAUGUCAUUCAACCUAAUAUUCUUUUUGUUGGUUCAGAAGUUUGAACAAGUUCCUUUCCUUCGUGCCUAAUUCCUACAAAAUGAACAGUGAUAUCAGCUGUAUUGCUAUCAUUGGAAAACAGAACAACCCAUUGUUUAUCAAAAACUUUAGUUCCACUCACCCUGAUCUUAAAUAUCAUUAUAUUGCACAUACUUCUAUAGACAUUAUUGAAGAACGAGUAACGAAUGGACCAAAGCAACUGGAUUUGUAUCUUGGACUUUUAUAUGCCAUGGAAGAUUUAGCAGUGUACGGAUAUAUGACAAACACGAAAGUGAAGUUUAUAGUUGUUAUAAGUGUAACAGAUGGGGUUAUUCGUGAUACCGAUAUGAAAGCCAUAUUUAGGAAGAUCCAUCAAGCUUAUGUAUCUCACGUCUGCAAUCCCUUUUAUACCAUGGAUUCACAAAACACUACACUAUCUAGUCCUCAUUUUCUUCAUACUAUAGAAUCCAUAAAUACCACCAUCAAUACUACACAAAACCCCAACACAAAUCCUACUAGUAAUAUGACCGUAUCCAAAACUCAUAUCAACACUCCUUCAUAACAAAAUAAAUAUAUUUUAUAAAUAAAAGAAUCUACUGUUUUCUAUUUUAUUUGAUUUUAUUAUUCGUAUUGUGUAUCUAUACAUUUUUUCAAACAUUGGGUACUAACUUGGAUUCCUCUGAUUUUGCUGCUUCAGCUUUUUCCUUCCCACCAAAUCUAAAUUACGAUAAUAAAAGGUUUUGUUCUAUCAGUUAAUAUUCUAUCAUUUAAAAUUGUAA